AACAGAGCGAGCAGUGCCACACUCGUGCAAUCACCACCACCAACAAACCAACAUCUCUGUGCUGAUCCACAGAAUAUAACACUUUACAGAAAUCAGUAAAAAAAAACAGGCUACAAGCAAGCUCGUGGACAGACAUCAGCGCGGAUACCGAUUUUAAAGGGAUUGACAUCACAUUCUUUCGCUUUUUAGGUAGAUUUCAGAAGUCCGGAGAUUGAUCGGAACGGAACACCUGUGCGUGCUUUUUAAUGACAAACUGAACAACUGCUAUGACCGGUAAACUAGCGGACAAGAUCCCUAUUACCAUGAGCAGUUUAAUCAACUCCAUACCUGACAGUCUCUAUCCAGAAGAAGACAUCCCCACUUCAAUGAACAUUUUCUCAAACCAGGACUCUAUUUCUCACUACUCACAGAUGAAUACAGAUAAUAUCAUGGACUUGGGGAUGGGUGGCGAAAAGGGAAGUGGUGAGAUUCAGUAUGGCUCUGGUGGUUUUCAGUCCGGCCGAACCGGACAGACCGUCACCUACCUGGGCAAGUUCGCUUUCGACACCCCUCCGUCUGGCAGCAUCGGAGGCUCGGGUUGGUGUCCCGAUAAUAACAUCAUCAGUCUGGUGAGCGCUGGAAUCCUGGGCGUGUCGCCGUCACCCGGCAACAUCACCAACCAUACUUCAUCGAGCGGCAGCAUGGGCGGCCAGUCGUCAGACAUGGAGCAAGUAUACGCAUCACCUCUUCCAGCCUACUCAACCUGCGGCGAGAUCUAUCCAGAGCAAGUUUCGUUCCACCACAGCCCGGCCACCUCCUCGUCUUUGCCCUAUCCGAGCUCCGACUACCAUACCACCUCCAAACCAGGCAUGGACGGCAGUCUCUUUUCCAUGAUCCCAGACUACAACCUCUUCCACCACCAGGGAGACGUAGGGGUGAUGGAGCAUAAACCCUUCCAAACCAUGGACCCUAUCAGAGUGAACCCACCCCCCAUAACUCCUCUUGAGACAAUUCGAGCAUUUAAGGACAAGCAACAGAUCCAUCCCGGGUAUCUCGGGGGUCAACAGCAUGUUUCCCAACACCAUCAGCCUUCUCAGACGCUCACCCUCAAACCCAUUCGCCCGAGAAAGUACCCCAACCGGCCGAGCAAAACACCCGUCCACGAACGCCCGCAUGCCUGCCCGGCGGAGAACUGCGAUCGCCGUUUUUCGCGAUCAGACGAGUUGACACGCCAUCUGCGCAUUCACACGGGCCACAAACCCUUCCAGUGCCGCAUCUGCAUGCGAUCCUUCAGUCGCAGCGACCAUCUAACCACACACAUCCGCACGCACACCGGGGAGAAGCCUUUCUCUUGCGAGUUCUGCGGACGCAAGUUUGCUCGCAGUGACGAACGAAAGAGGCACGCCAAGGUGCACCUGAAGCAGAAGGACAAGAAACCCACAGACAAGGGCAGUGGUGCAGGGGGGAGCCAUGCUUCUCCUCCCAGCUCCUGCGGGAGCGCGGGACCCAGCAGCGCUAAUAUCAUGACCGUUACCACUUGUGCGUGAGAUGGACUUGUGCAAAGACUACAUGGAGAAGACAUGAAGGUUUUUCUUUUCCUUUUAUAUACACUUGACUCGUAUACUCUCUCCCUCUCGAUAUCCAUCCGUUUUCUCUUGGUUCUGUUUAUUAAAGUGGCAUAUUUCCGUAGCCACUAUGGACUCAAGGAUGGAAAAAUAGGCAGUCAAGAGUUCAAGCAGUCAGGUCAAUCCACAAGAAGAGCACUUAUAUACAGAUGCAGCACAAUCAUAAGAGUUUAACUCAGCUCUGGGGACCAGAGCGAUCUCUUGAAGCUUUAGCCUUUUGUUUUAUUUCAUUUGAGUUCAAGGACAGAUUUGAUGCUGUUUCUGUUUUCUCCAAGUGUAUUUCGGUUUGUCAUUGUGCACUUUCAUUUGCCUACUGCUUUGCAGUCUUUUUUAAUUAUUGUGAAUUAUUUAAUGUUUGUCUUGUUGUUGUUUUUCAACAUAAUGUGUAUUAAAAUACAACAGACAGA